AUGGCAGCUCCAACUGUGACAAGUGCAGAUCAACAGCUCAUCAACAAAUUUGCUCGGUUACAUCAGAAUUUCUCCCAAAUCAAGGAAGAAAUCAAAGAGCUUUCAAAUGACUUACUGAACAUUAACGAAGCUGCAGACGAAAUCAUGCUGUUGGACCCCGAAGACAGCGACUCGAUCCCCUUUAAGAUUGGACAAACAUUCGUUCACUUCGAUAGUGUGAGUGUUUUAUUGAAGUUCUUGUAG